AUGGCAACAGUCCUGGUCCAACAGCAAUCAAUUCGACACUCCGCGACCCCUCCCCCCGUCUCUCCAGCCCUCAGUCUCAAUGUUCGCCCUCGCACUCCCACGAGCAUCCCCAACAAACAUAUUCCCGUAUGCCCGCCCGGCUCAGCACCGCAGGCUAUUUCACCUGUAGAACAAACCGGCGUUUCAUUGACCUCACUCCUAUACCCGCCCGAUCGCUUCAAGAAGCUCUCCAAAUCUCCUCCCAUUUACUCCAUAAAUGGCGCUACACUUGUCGCUGCGCUAGAUCAUCUAGCAACUCAACCCAUGCCAGAUCCGAAACAGGUGUUUCCCUGGCUACAUGGUUUACACCCGUUUAAUGGCGUGCAAUCGGCGUUUUUUGUUAAUAGGAAACGAUCGCUCAGGCGCAUACCGAGAUGCUUUCGUUUUUUGACGUUGGUCAGUUUAGAUGGCGAUCUUACCAAGUCUCGACUGCGAGGAGCCGUGUCUCUUGAUGAGAUUCUCGACCCCAGCGGCACAGAAUUCAUCGACGCCGACCCCAUCUAUGGAUUUUCUGUUCGCAACUUUCAUAUUCAGACCGCGAAACUGGCGCCGCUGUCGGAUAUUGUCAUUUAUGCUGAAAGAAGUGCCGACUCGUCGCAUUUGAUUGAUGCUGCGCAGAAAGUGGCAAUGGCACAGCAGAAUUGGAGGAUGAAACAUGAUCCUGCUCAAGAGACUCCUCUUUUUAAUACAUUCAUCUUAUCUGAUUCAUUCGAAGAAAUCGAACAGCGCUAUUCUGACUUGGUUGCCAUAGAUUCGCAAGGACAAAUCACAGGCAAAGUCAUGGAUUUUUUCCAAUGGGAGCGCAACGAAAUGUGCAACAUGUCCAGGACCUCUGAAAUUUCAAAAAAUGUCUGGCUAGGCCCUAGUCCUGAUAUGCUCAUGUCUUCAGACGAUCAAGACGCAAUGGAUACAAACCAGUUCGACUUGACUAUUGAAACGAUUGAUCUUGCACCUAUCCCCGGCCCCCGAUACUUGGAUGGCGUGAGCAAAAGUCUUGCGAAUGAAGAAUGGGCCCAAGGCGUACCGAUGCAGUUCCCUUCUUCUGGGAGUGUCGUGCCGCAGCUGGAACCAAACCGAGACGUGGAAGAUUUUGUGAAUACCAUCCGCUGGCUAUACUAUCUCGCCAACCCAGAGGAUCAUGGGUCAGAUAUCGAGGAGCUGGAUGAUAUUCCAAUGGACGAUUCGACCCAAAGAUCAUACAAGAUAUUGAUCCAUUGCGCAGAUGGCUACACAGAAAGCUCACUGCUAGCAAUUGCAUAUUUCAUGUUCGCCGAAGGCCUGCCGCUAGACAAAGCCUGGAUCAAGCUUCACCGUGAAAAGGGACGUAAUUUCUUUGCUUAUCCCUCAGAUGUCGUGUUCCUACGUAGUAUUCAGCAACAACUUCUGGAACAGAGCCCUGCUGCUACGAGACUGAAUUUGGAUGCUCUUUGCGAGCCAUUAUGGCUUCGGAAAAUGGAUGGUUCCUUGCCCAGUCGUAUACUUCCGUAUAUGUAUCUUGGCAAUUUGGCCCAUGCGAAUAAUCCAGAAUUAUUACGUGAACUGGGUAUCAAGCGAAUACUGAGCAUUGGGGAGCCUGUUUCUUGGUCCGAGAAGGAGAUUGAGAGCUGGGGAGAAGACAAUAUGAUGUUCAUUGGUCAAGUUCAGGAUAAUGGGAUAGACCCAUUGACGCAGGAGUUUGAGAACUGUCUUUCAUUUAUCGAAAAAGGCAAAGCCGAUAGAUCAGCCACACUAGUCCAUUGUCGUGUCGGCGUUUCACGAUCCGCCACAAUUUGCAUAGCUGAAGUUAUGUCCUCAUUGAAUCUAUCCUUCCCUCGCGCAUACUGCUUCGUCCGCGCCAGAAGACUAAACGUCAUAAUCCAACCUCAUCUCCGUUUCGUUUAUGAACUCCUCAAAUGGGACGAACAGCAGCAACAGAAACGACGAGAACCGCUUAGAAGAGAAUUAGAAUGGGCCAGCAUUGCGCGCGAGAUUGCGUUGAUGAAUAAGCCGUACUCAAGACAGCAAUGA